AUGCAAUCUUUGGCAGAAACAUUUGAAAAUGUCAGCUCUCCUCCUUUACCCCAAGUUCGAAGUUUUCAAUUGGGAACCUCAUCUUUGUCUGGCUCCCUUAAUCGAUUCUCGCUGAGAGAUCUUCUCAAGUGGUGCAAGCGAGUUGAUGGUUUGCAUAUGUUCAAUAAUCAUCGAAUUUAUCAGAGGUUGGAUCUAGUUAUGUCUAAACUGGACUUUUCAGAAGGACUAAAAAUUGGUAGAGUCACACUUCAUCGUGCUAAAACAGCGUCAUAUGACCCGUCAAUGUUUGUUGAGAUCCGUAGCUCUUUGUAUGUACUUGAGAGAAUAGCUCGUUCUGUUGAAUACAAUGAGCCUGUUCUCCUAGUGGGUGAAACUGGUAUUGGAAAAACCACGCUUGUUCAGAAUUUAGCAACAUGGCUGUGUCAGAAACUCACUGUUUUGAACUUAAGUCAGCAAAGUGAUGUUGCUGAUCUAUUAGGAGGAUUUAAGCCAAUGGAUGCUCGGUGUAUGUGUGUUUCCUUGUAUAAUGAGUUUGAAGACUUGGCAAUCAAGACAUUCAGUUUGAAGGAUGGGAAUAAAGCUUUACCAUGGUUACGGAAACUUUUGGUUGAUAAGAGGUGGAAGACAUUGUUGAAAGGAUUAGGGAAAUACAUUGAAGUUUACAAAAGGAAAGCUGAGGAAGAAAGAUCAGGAUCCCUAAAAAAGCGAAGGAAACAUUUUGAUGUAGAAGAAAAACUUAAAGCUUGGGAAAGCUUUUCUGUGAGGCUUGAGAACACUUAUCAACAAAUAGCCUCAACUGGAAUGUUCUUUUCAUUUGUGGAAGGAGCUUUUGUUACUGCCCUCAGAAAUGGUGAAUGGAUUUUGCUUGAUGAGGUUAAUUUGGCUCCUCCAGAGAUAUUGGGGAGAAUUAUUGGUGUUCUUGAAGGAAAGGAUAAAUCUCUUUGUUUAGCUGAAAGAGGGGAUGUCGAAGGCAUAAAUAGACAUCCUAGUUUUCGGAUAUUUGCUUGUAUGAACCCUGCCACUGAUGCUGGAAAGCGGGAGUUGCCCUACUCUUUACGUAGUAGAUUUACUGAGUACUUUGUUGAUGACAUGCUGGAUGAUAGUGAUUUGGAUCUAUUUGUUAGGAAGUUUUUAGGUGGCCAUCAAUCUGAUAAAUUGGUGGAGAGAAUUGUUUCUUUUUAUAAAGAAGCAAAGAAGGAGUCUGAACAAAGGCUGCAGGAUGGGGCUAAUCAGAAGCCACAAUAUAGCUUGAGGUCCCUAUAUCGUGCUCUGGAAUAUGUGAGGAAAGCAGAAAGAACUUUUGGAUUUCAGAGAACAAUCUAUGACGGAUUUUCCAUGUUUUUCCUUUCCUUGUUGGAUGGAUCUAGUGCUAAGAUAAUGAACAAUUUAAUUGUAAAACUGUUGUUAGAGAAAGAUGAUCCUCCACCUCAGCCUACAUCUUUCAGCAGCUACUUAAUAGAAAAAGAGAAUGCUAGAUCUGAUGAUUUUGUGAAAAACUAUGUACUGACCAAGAGUGUGAAUGGGCAUCUUAGGAACUUGGCACGAGCUAUUUUUGUUAAAAGAUAUCCAGUUCUUUUACAGGGGCCAACAUCUAGUGGAAAGACUAGCCUUGUCCGAUAUCUUGCUGCAAUAACUGGUCAUGAGUUUGUACGAAUUAAUAAUCAUGAGCAUACUGAUAUUCAGGAAUAUCUAGGCUCCUAUAUUACUGAUUCUUCUGGGAAGCUUGUAUUUCACGAGGGUGUCCUGGUGAAGGCUGUCAGGAACGGUCAUUGGAUUGUUUUAGAUGAGCUUAAUUUGGCCCCCUCUGAUGUAUUGGAAGCAUUGAACAGGUUGCUUGAUGAUAACAGAGAGCUCUUUGUGCCGGAACUGCGAGAAACCGUGCGAGCACAUCCAAAUUUUAUGCUUUUUGCUACUCAAAAUCCACCCACUUUUUAUGGUGGCCGUAAACUGCUUUCUCGAGCUUUCCGCAACCGUUUUGUAGAGAUUCAUGUUGGUGAAAUUCCAGAAGAUGAAUUGAGCAUAAUUUUAGAGCAGAGGUGUCAAAUCCCUAAGAGCUAUGCUUUGAAAAUGGUUGAAGUCAUGAAAGAGUUGCAGUUGCACCGCCAGAGUAGCAAAAUAUUUGCUGGAAAACAUGGAUAUAUAACUCCAAGGGAUUUAUUCCGUUGGGCAAAUCGUUUUAAAGCUUUGGGAAAAUCUUAUGAAGAUCUUGCCAAUGAUGGGUAUUAUCUUUUGGCAGAAAGGCUUCGGGAUGAGGGUGAGAAACUUGUUGUACAGGAAGUCUUGGAGAAAUAUCUACGUGACAUGUCUGUCGGGGAUCUGGUUUUUACUUUGCAAGAGCAUUCAAGGAUCAGUUGGACCAAGAGUCUGUGGAGGCUGUACUUCCUCAUUAAACGUUGCUAUGAUUUGCGUGAACCUGUUCUUCUUGUUGGUGAGACUGGUGGGGGUAAAACUACUGUCUGCCAGUUACUUGCUGAGGCAUUGGGGUUAAGGUUACACAUUUUAAACUGCCACCAAUACACAGAAACAUCUGAAUUUCUUGGGGGUUUCUAUCCUGUUCGGGAUAGGUCACAACUAUCGUCGGAGUUCCAAGAUCUAAUAGGAAAAUUGAGGCUAUCGAAGGCAUUUGUUCAUCUUGCUAAACACCAUGAGAUUUCUUCAGAUAUUGGCCUGGCUGCCUCAACUCUUAAUCAUUUAGAGGAAAUUAUCAAAAUGCAUAGACAAGGUCUUGUUUCCUGUGCUGAUAUCACCAUACAAGAUAUUGAUACUCUUGAGGAGGUUAAGCAGGACCUUCUUAGGCUGCACCAGAAGUGGCAGGCGAUUUUCGUUUGGCAAGAUGGACCUCUUGUUCAGUCUAUGAGAGCUGGGGACCUAUUUCUUGUGGAUGAAAUUUCAUUGGCUGAUGAUAGCGUGCUGGAAAGGUUGAAUAGUGUACUGGAGACAGAGAGGAAAUUGGUGGGUAGUCCUCACAUAAGGUGUCUGUCUUUGGCUGAAAAAGGUGGGACUUUACUGGAGGAAGUUACCGCUCAUGGUAACUUUCUUGUGCUUGCAACCAUGAAUCCGGGUGGUGAUUAUGGUAAAAAGGAAUUAUCCCCAGCGCUUCGUAAUCGUUUUACUGAGAUAUGGGUCCCUUUUGUCAAUGAUCGUGAUGAGCUUAAAAGUAUUGCUUUACAGGGGUUUUCUGAUCCAAAAAUCUCUCAUGUUGUGGAUCCUAUGCUGAAUUUCUGGGAGCCUUAUGGGUCUGAGGUGGGUCAUGGUUGGCAGCGUUGGGGAGGAAUGUUGGGCGUGGAAAGCCAUGAAAAGUGA